UUGGUAAUCUUCAUAUAAAAAAUAUUUGCCUUACGGCUAUGGUUUGUCUAUGGUUCGUUAAGAGAACAUGACAGUUACCCUGCCUCCCUCACCUCAUACUUCUUUCUUAAUUGACAAUUGCCCGACGCCAUGUUUGUAUAUGAUAUGUCAAAUGAAAGUGACAAGUACAACAGCUGUCAAAAAAGAUUCCCGCCGCUCCUCAUUACAGUUUUGAAGUUGAUCGAGUGAAGUUUUGCGUUGAUUAAAUUCCGUAACUUAUCCUCUCAGUUUCGAAGCAGUAAUAAAUAUUUGUGCAACAUGUUCAACCGGUGUUGUGUUGUGGGUUGUGCAAGUAGGCGAAAGGACGUCAAUUUAUAUAGAUUUCCAGGCAGUGAGACAGGACUCCAAAAGUGGUUACAGUGCAUUAACUGUGAAAGAUUGCGAAGUUUGAAGAUAGAAGAACUUAGAAAACAACACGUGUGCCAAAAGCACUUUGAGAAAAUUUUUCUUGCGUCGUCUCCUUUGAGGCAGCGUCUCCGUGUUGGUGCUUAUCCGACAUUAUUUUCUGAAAGUGAAAUCAACAGUGGCAUUCCUCAAAACCUUCACACUGACACCACUAGCCAUCUACAAGAUCAUGGUUAUUCAAGGAAAAGAAAGCACAAUGAUCAUACAUAUUGUAAGAUUAGAGGUGCUACUGAGAAUCAUAUUAGGAUGGACACCGAAACUGGUAUUAAGCAAUCUAGCAACAACAUAGAAGACAAUAAAGAAGCAGCUUUGCCUUCUACUUCUCAACCAUUAAAUACAAAGGAUGGAGAUAUUCACUUCAGGCCUCUUACAUCAGUGAGAAGAAGGAAGCGUAUUAUAGCUCAGAAGAAGUUACUUUCACCAACAUGUGCCAAACUUUAUUCUGAGUAUGUUAAGUCUCAAAAGCAGUUGGCAUAUCAUGUAAGGGCCCGCAGAGCAUUUAAAUUUUCAAAAGAAAAAACGUUUGAAAAAUUAACUGAAAAUUUGAAUCCAUUUGCCAAAAAAGUUUUAUGGAUGCAAAUUAGACAAUGCACAAAAAAAGGUAAAGGGAGACGAUUUUCUCAUGAAGAAAAGCUCAUUGCAUUAUCUGUAAUGAAACAAAGCCCAAAAUGCUACAGAUUCUUGCAAAGAAUAUUUAUUUUACCUUCAAAGUGCACGUUAAAUAAACUUGUAACUGGUUUGGAUAUAGAGACUGGGAUCAAUACUCAAGUAUUUGAAGCAAUUAAACAGGAGGUUAAAACAUGGACAGAAAAAAAAAAAUAUUGUUCAUUAAUAUUUGAUGAAAUAGCCCUAGAGUCAGCCUUAACCUAUGAUAAAAAAACAGAUUCAAUAAUAGGGCUUGUAGACCUCUUGGAAAAAAAAAAUGAACUUGCAGAUCAUGCAUUAGUAUUUUUAUUAAGAGGAGCAAUUUAUAAAUGGCAACAGCCUCUGGCAUACUACUUUUGCAAGGGGGCAGCAUCUGCAGUUGAAUUAAAGGCAAUUUUAGUAAAAAUUAUAAAUGAAGUCAGUGACAUAGGAUUGUUGCCAAUUGCUGUUGUCUGUGAUCAGGGUACAGCAUUUCAAUCAGCCCUAAAUAGUCUACAAGAAGACACACGGAGAGAACAAUUGAUUAAAGGCCAAAAAAUUGAUAAUGUUAUCUCCCUCAAGGGACAUGCAAUCAGCAUAAUUUACGACCCACCACAUCUCAUAAAGGGGCUAAGAAAUAAUUUUUUGACAAAAAAUAUAAAAUAUGAAAAUAAAAUUUCUAAAUGGGAUGAUAUUAUAGAUAUAUAUAAAACUGACUGCAACCACGCACAGAUGAGGCUGUUACACAAGUUAAAUGAUGAACAUGUGAUUCCAGAGAAAAUAAAAAAGAUGAAGGUGAAAAAUUGUGUAAGAGUUUUUAGUAAGACAGUGGCGGCCACUUUACUCUACUCUGCCCAAUUUUGUAAGUUGACAAUUAAUUAUGGCAACUUUUAUAACUUAUGUAAGAGAUAAAUAUUAUUAAUAUAUGUUUUAUUACAGCUCAAUAUGCUGAUGGAACACAAGUAAGCCCAUCUUUAAGCAACACAGCCGAAAUGGUAUCGUUUUUCGAUGACCUCUUUGAUUCGGCAAAUGGGACAAGUCUUCCAAAUAAAAAAAAUAAGGGUAAACCUUUAAGGCAAGCCAUAACACCCACUUCUAGUCAUCUAAAAUUUUGGGAAGGGGCAAUAAAAAAACUUAACUCUAUAAGAUUUGUGGAUGGCAAAACUAACAGAGAAACAUUUGUGCCCUCUCUUAGAAAUUGGAUUACAACCAUCGAGAGCUAUAAAAGACUGUGGAGUUUUUUUAAAAUAAAAGGCAUCAAAAUUAUGAGGACCAGGUUUUUCAAUUCUGACCCAAUAGAAAAUUUUUUCGGUCAAGUACGUGCUUAUAACAGUAGAAAUAUUAACCCUAACUGUUACACAUUUAGAAACACCUUUAAAUCACUGUUAAUCACAAGGUUUAUUAAAU